GAUAACUAGUCCCUGUGACUCUUUGGAGAUUUGAGGAUGAAAUAAACCAUUUUUACACUGAGCCCUGAGAAAACACUUUCCAAGACAGGCAGAUAAUAGUCUUCUUCUUCCAGGUGGUCGCUCUCUUGCCAUGUGGCAAUAGUUUUGGGCCUUGUGAGUGCCGUUCUUGUGAGUUUGCUGCUGUUCAAAUGGAUUCUGUGCCAGGGUUCCAGCUGUCUUAACUGCCCCGACCUCUGGAUGGGCUCUGGUGACCAUUGUUAUUACUUCUCAAUGGAGGAAAAGGACUGGAAUUCUAGUCUGGAAUUCUGCUUAGCCAAAGACUCACAUCUCCUUGUGCUUACAGACAACCAGGAAAUGAACCUACUCAAAGGUUUCCUCAAUAAAAACUUUUACUGGAUUGGUCUGAGGAACAAUUCUGGCUGGAGGUGGGAAGAUGGAUCAGCCUUAAACUUCUCUAGGAUUCUUUCAAACAGCUUGAUCCAGAAGUGUGGUGCCAUCAGCAAAGAUGGUCUGCAAGCCUCUAGCUGUGAAGUUCCUUUACACUGUGUCUGUAAGAAGGUCCGACAUUGAUGGCUGGUCAGAUUUGCCACAGGGCUCCCUGAAGAGAGGGAGCUGGUCUCUGGGUGUUGGGAUAACCACGAGAGUACACUUAGUGCCUGCCGACCUUGUAGGAUAUGGCAUUAAAUGUAAGAUGAAUGCAGCUUCCGGACGACUGCUGGUUUUUCGCUGGGCUGGUUUUUUGCUGGGCUCUCUUUAAGAGUAUUUAGAUACGGUCAUAAUAAAUUAAAGACGAGAUCUAGGCAAAUUUGUGAAAUAGGUCAAUUUUGUUUCAGUGUUUCUCACUCUGGUGACUAAGGCUGCCUCCUUUAUCUCCACCCACACCAUCUCUAUCAUUUACCUUUUCUACCUUAUGUUCUGAGCUGAGGUGAUGAAACCUAUGCAAAUACAUGCUGUUGCUAAUGUACUACAGGGCUUCUUUGUGUGCUAAUGGGUUGACAUGUUACUUCUCCCUGAUAAUGUAUUUUUAUCCUAAUGGUGGCCCUUUGCAGAGAAAGCUUUAUUCUAAAGAAUGAUGCCAAUGGUGAGAAAAUAAGUUGUGGAGCCUGCAUGAGAGCAGAGGGGGGCUUUCAGUUUCUCAGCUCUUCACACUUACUUAAAGACUUGGCCUUGACUGAAUUUAGCUUUUCUGAGUAUGCAUAGGUGUGGUUGAAUAAACCAAUGUGGGACUAUAUCUUCUCCAUGUUGUGAAUGUGUAAUUUCCUUGCUAAUUUACCACAGUGGUCAAUCUGAUAAGGCAUUUUUUUAUAGAGGAUAAUUUCCAGAAGCAGUUUGUGUGGUUGACCUCCAAAUUAUUUUAGGCACCGAUGCCUCAAAAAUGAGAAAAAACUUGAUUAUUUCUUUUUUAGUAGUGUUUGGACAUAGAUAAGGAGAGAAGGUGCUGUUCAAGGAUACAGGAGGGAGUAAGGAAGGAAACCAUAUUCUGCACUGCUGAUGAUGCUGGACUGGAAUCUGUUUACUUGUCUUCCUCUUUCAUAGUUUUUUUUUAGUACACGGACUGUAUCUUAUCACUAUUGUAUCUUGAACACCUGAAAUAGUGCUUGUAUUAGUGGCUAUGGAAGAAACGCAGGGAUGAAUAAAAAAUAAGAAUUAAAAAAUUCUUAUUCUAGUUGUUUCUGUUAGUCCACAAGUUAGAGGGAUUAAGGGCAAGAAACACAGUAUAUCUUAGUCCUUCCUCACCCCACCCAUAUGAACAUUCAACAAUUGAUUCUAAAAAGGCAAAGGGCCAGUUUAAUCCAGAUAUAAUGUUCAUAGAAGGAAGUAGUAGAAACCAACUCCUAUCUCCCUCUGAUCUCUUACCUUCGGUUCUAGGGCCUCGGGGUAUCUCUUGGUUAUGGAUGUGAUGCUAACAACUUGA